AUGGUUCUUCUUAACGAAAAUGAGGAUAUAUAUCAGCUAAUUCGACAGAACAAUACAUAUGCUGUCCGGCUGUGGCUUGAUAAUACAACAAAUGACAUUCAUCAAAGUGAUGAGCACGGUUUUACUCUUCUACAUUGGGCUGUAUGGUACGGUCGUCUGCUGAUCGUUCAAUUAUUGCUUCAACGAAAUGUUCGUGUAAACGCCGUUAACCGAGGCGAUGAUACACCAUUACACAUUGCCGUUAGUCAUAAUCAUUUCGAAAUUGUUCAACAAUUAAUUAAACACAAAGCUCAUGUCAAUGUAACAAAUAUUCAUGGAAACACUCCAUUACACUACGCAUGUUUCCAUCGCUAUCUCUCGAUCGCACAAUCUCUCGUCGAAAAUCAUCAUGCUUUACUUUUUGUUUCAAAUCGUUAUGGACAAACACCAUUGGAUUUAUGUACAUCACGAGAAAUUUGUAUUCGAUUGAAAGAUUUAGCAAUGGAACAAGGACAAGAUGAACGAAUUAUUCCAUUCGAAGAAUACAAUCAAUUUUCGAAUGUGCGUACUGGAGACCUUCUUGGAUCUCUCUCAACCCAAUCCGUAAUCGACAUUCGUGAAUUGCAAUUCGAAUCCUGUCUUCAUACGAACCAUCGAAAAGAGGUUUGGCAAGGAAUCUUCAAUGAUAUACCUAUUGUGGCGAAAAUAUUCAAACUACGUCAUCAGACUUACACACCAACACUCUAUCAACACGAAAUCGAUAAGAUAAAAGCAUUCAGUUCAUCAUAUUUGCUUGUUCCAUUUGCUGUUUGUCACGAUACGCCAAACUUCAUUAUUCUCACCCAAAACUUCUAUGGAAGCCAAACAUUAUUUCAUCUAUUACAUAAAUCAAAUUCGAUUCUCGAUCCGUCGACAUCGAACAAAUUAGCAUUGUACAUCGGUCGUGGUAUGGCAUACUUGCAUGGUAUAUCAACUUCAUUUCGUCCUCAGUUUAUUCUCAACAGCCAUCAUAUUGUGAUAAAAACCGAACGCAUUCAUUGUGUUGGGAAUCAGGUUAACGAGGAAUAUGUUGCUCGACUCAAUUUGGCGGACUGUCAUUUUCCGUUUCAAUCCAACAUUGAACUUGAUCAACCUGCAUGGAUGGCACCAGAAACCCUAGAAAAUGGGACAUUCACUAACGCGUCAGAUAUAUGGUCAUUUGCAAUUCUUCUCUGGGAAAUAUUUACACGUCGAAUACCAUUUGGAGAUUUUACACCGAUGCAAUGUGGUUUAAAAAUUGUUCAAGAUCGUCUUCGCUUACCACCGACAGGUGUUUCAUCUCAUAUUGAUAAACUUAUUCAGAUAUGUACACAUGAUGAUCCAACCAAACGUCCGUCGUUCGAUGCUGUCUUACCCAUUUUGGGAAAAAUUCAUUUUUAA